AGCAGACGAUCCAAAAUGGCGUCCAUAGUAGCAGGGAGGGCAUUGCAGAAGGUUUUGAGCAAAGACUGUUUAAUAAGAACUUCUUUUCCAGCUGUCCAUCACUUAUCUCGUCGUCAUUAUGCUGCUGAGACAAGUCGUCCAGGUGUUGCCCAGGUGGAUAACAUGAUGGAAAUUGGUGCCAGAUCUUUGUUCAAUGAGGAGCAUGACAUGUUUAGACAGAGUGUGAGGAGGUUCUUUCAGGAGGAAGUAGUUCCCAACCAUGCUAAGUGGGAACAGGAUGGCAACGUCAGCAAAGAGUUAUGGGAAAAGGCUGGAGAAACUGGAAUUCUUGGUGUUAAUACACCUGACAAGUUUGGUGGCAUUGGAGGAGAUGUUCUUUCAGCAGCUAUCACUUGGGAGGAACAGAGUUACGCUAACUGCUCUGGGCCUGGCUUUGCCCUCCACUCAGACAUUGUAAUGCCCUAUAUCACACACUAUGGUACACCAGAACAGAUAGAGAAGUUUAUUCCCAGAAUGACAGCUGGGACAUGUAUCGGUGCGAUUGCCAUGACAGAGCCAGGUGCUGGAAGUGAUUUGCAAGGAAUCCGAACCACUGCUAAGAAAGAUGGAGAUGACUAUAUUCUCAAUGGCAGUAAAGUUUUCAUCACCAAUGGUUACAUGAGUGAUGUUGUGAUAGUUGUGGCCAUCACCAAUUCUGAUGCCAAGUCAAAAGCUCAUGGCAUCAGUCUUUUCCUUGUAGAAGAAGGAAUGCCUGGUUUCAAAAAAGGAAAAAAGUUGCACAAGAUUGGCAUGAAAGCACAGGACACAGCCGAGCUUUUCUUUGAGGAUGUUCGCCUGCCCAAAUCUGCCUUGCUUGGAGGAGAAAACAAGGGAUUCUACUUACUGAUGAAUGAGCUACCACAAGAGCGUCUUCUCAUUGCUGCUAUGGCCAUGGCUUCUUGUGAAUGGAUGUUUGAGGAGACACGCAACUAUGUUCUUGAAAGAAAGGCUUUUGGAAAAACAAUUUCAAACCUACAGACAAUACAGCACAAGCUUGCUGAGAUCAAGACAGAAUCAGCUGUUGGUCGUGCCUUUGUUGAUCAGUGUCUUGAUAUCCACAACCAACGUGGACUUGACUCUACGAUGGCAUCCAUGGCCAAAUACUGGUGCUCAGAUCUUCAGAACUCCAUUGCAACACGUUGUGUUCAGAUGCAUGGAGGAUGGGGAUAUAUGUGGGAAUACCCAAUUGCCAGAGCUUUUGUUGAUGCUCGAGUACAGCCUAUCUAUGGAGGCAGUAAUGAAAUCAUGAAAGAGCUCAUUGCUAGGACUGUCAUCACCAAAACUUAACUUACCGUAUAUAGAGAGAUAUUCUGACAGCAAAUGUGUACCAACAAAUAUGUUUUUGUUUUUUUAAAGGAAAUGCGAUAAAUAUGCUUGUUGAAGUUGGUUCUGUGGGAUAUGAUUUAAAGAUGUUGUAAAUUAUCAUUGAAGAUCCAACUUAUUUGAUACAAAAUCUGUGGUCAGUAUCAUUAAAUAAACAUAAUUCAUCUUUUGCAUGAAUAUACAUUUUACUUCAUGCUUGAUAUUCACUACCUGCUGUAUGAGAAUAGAACACUACUUAAUGAUAAUCUCAGGACUAGCUACCAGUAGUCAUUGAUCAUUUUGAUUUGUGAUGAUCAGAAUCAAGUUUGAGUUUUUUUUAUCACAAGUUGCCCUGUGUAUUUUCUUUAUGCAGUAUGCUCAUGCAGGGCUUUGUGUUGAUAUGACUGGACUUUGUAUAUAUACUUUCUGGAGGAAUUGUCCCAGUAUGAGUUGAUCACUGGAUUUUCAAUGUGAUCAUUGCCAUUUCAUGUAAUAAUGUAACAAUGAAUUUUUAUACAUCAUGUCAAACCCUGAAAGUGGUUUGAUGUUUGUAGUGACACAAAUUGGAAGUGUAUUCAGUUAUAUAUGUCAUAUUUAGUAUUUCAACCAUAUCAUCUGUAUCAGUAUGUGAUUUGUGUGUUGAUAAAAAGGCUGUGAAUCACCAGUUGUGUGAAUAUUUGAGCAAUUUGACAUUUCUAUAUGUCCAUUUUAUGAACAAAUUAAUUUUAUAGGGUUCAUGUACAAUUGUAUGUUCUACUGUUUACAUACAUUUAAUUAAAUUGAAUUUUGAAAGAACAUUGUA